GGAUAACAAUCGGACAAUCUGAUUUGAUGCUUGCAAUUGUUUCACAACGUGAUAUGCCCAUGGAGAGCGACAACAUGGCCUCACUCGAAUACAUCAAAUUUGUCCGCCAAUACUGGAGAGAUCACCCCGAUGCUGAUGAUAAUGAAGUUCUUCAAGAGUAUAACAAGACGCAACAAGGUUCCGUAUCUCUCUCCGAUCCAGGUCGCAUACAGAGGCUAAGGGAACAGUUCGGUUAUACCCCGAGAUUAGGAGGAAUCGGUGGCACAACUUAUCGGGAGGAGGCAUUUACAAACUUUGAAGGUGUCGAUGUGAAUAGUAAGUUGACGUGCAAGAGGCUGGAAACUGUAACAAAAUUACACAGUCACCUUCAGAAUGUAAGAUUCUUACUCGUGCGCUCACCCCCAAUGUCUGGAAAGACGUCGCUUGCACAACUCUAUGAGAACUACUUACUCACUACACAUGAUGAACUACGUAUAUUUCGGAUGUCGCUCAUAUGGUUGAGGAAGGAGGGAUCAAACUGGGAUUUUACACAGCAAUUCGAGGAUUAUAUGGGAGGGGUGUCAUGGGAUACCUUUGUCCGCGAGUGUGACCAAGUACAAACGAUACUGAUCAUGGAUGAAAUUCAGGUGUUAUACAAGCCGGAAGGUGUUUCAACCUGUUUAUUUGGUGGUGACAGGUUUUGGGACACAGUCAAGAGAGUUCUACAAGGCGGUGGUCUCCACAUCGUUACCUUUGCAUCCUAUGGAUAUCGUGGAGCAUAUAGUGGACCAGGCUAUCUUAAAACUAUAUCUCCUUUUGACUUAGACGAAAUUAAUACUUGGAAUUUUGAAGACGUUCGGUAUACUGAACAAGAGUAUGCAGAUUUCUUUGAUGUUUUUUGUCGCUCCAAUCUGAAACUGGUUCCUGAAGGGGAUUUCCCUCGACUCGCCAACUAUGUGAAAGAGGCAACCAAGUGCCAUCCUGGGCUCGUCUCUUUCGUUCUGAAUGAUAUUGUUUUACGAUUUCGACAGCAGCUAAACCAGGGUGUGGAACCGUUGACAUUUGAGAAAAUAUUCAAAUUUUUUCAGACAGAUGAUUUCUAUCGAGGCGUUAAGCGGACACGAGCAUGUCAUGAAGUCAUAGUGAUAUCUGAAGAACGACACCUUAUCGACAAAGUGUUGUUUCAACCUGGCGGUAUUGACACUCGCAGUGCAGUUGCAGACCGUCUGGUCAAAACAAACGUUCUUUCAGACUUCCGUCAAGGAUAUCAGUUGAGAAACAGGAAACUUGACUUCAUAUCACCACUAGUCCGUGCAGCUUAUCUUCAGGAACGUCUUGGAUCUAGAACCCAUGUACACACUUUACCAAAUUCUUUCGAAGAUUUUAUCAAGAAGGUGUUCGAAUUAAUGAGCUCGGAGACUUUCAAGAAAACCCUUUGUGUGGGUCGUGAUGGUCGACUACUGGAGAGAGUGUGGCAAAUGGAGUUUUACCAUGCAGCAAGGAAACUGCUUCCAAAGGAUGUACAUAUUUCUCCAGAUGUUGGUGCUGUUUUUGCUUUGGAGGGCUGGGUGGAUUUCUACGUUGAUGACGAACAUGAUUGGAUGAUAGAGCUAGUUCGAGAUGGUGAAGAUCUGGAAAAGCAUCGAGAGAAGAUGAAGAAGGACGGGCUAUAUGGUUCAAUUCUGAAAUGUGCUAAGCAUCAUGCAAUUGUGGAUAUUAGAAGUGGUGUGGGUAGACCCCACAACCUGAAAUCAGGUGUCAUUUAUGUUGUGUGUUCACAGGACUUUUCCAGAGUGGAAAUAUGUAUUAAUAGUAUUUGGGAGAAGGUUCGGCUGUGUGGAAGUGGAGAUUUGUACACCGAGUUGGGUUGCAAUUGUGGUUGCUCAAAAAUUAUCCCAAGAGAAAGGUUUGCCGAAUUGCGUGAAGCGUUUCAAGCUCUCUCUAAAUCUGAGCAAGAUAUAUUUUUAAUGGCCCAGCUGAAAGCGAUGAAUGCUGAGGAGAUAACUGCCAUUCGACGAAUUGGCCGUACUCAUUUGGAAAACGUCAGAAAUCACCUAGUGACGAAUGGUAUAAUACCACGUAUUCAUGGUAAUAUAAAACGAGUACCGCGAUGGAAAACCAAAAUAACCAUUGAUAUAACCAUUGUUACCGCCGUGAAGAAUUUUCUCGAGAACUAUGCCGAAAUACAUGGAUUACCAAGUCCCGGUAGAAAUGUCAAUCGCGUUACUCAAUCGCUUACACUUUUGCCAGCCGAAACAAGUUACAAGUCAGUCUAUCGUGAUUUUAUUGCAGGUCUUGAAAACGAUAGCACAUUGAAAUUAUUAAAAUAUGACGCGUUCCGCAAGUUGUGGCAUCAAUUAACGCCUUAUAUUCAAAUCAUGAGUCCAAGAACGGAUUUAUGUGACACGUGCCAACAUUUUCGGAAUGGCUUACAAUACAAUGCUCGUAAGGAAGAAGAAGCGAAAGAUUUAUUGAAAAAAUUCAAAGAACAUCUAGUUAAAGCUAAGCUAGAGAGAAAUUAUUACAACAAAAAUACGAAAUUAGCAGAACAACAGAGAAAAUUGGUAGAUGAGCAGUUUAUAAUAAGAGCGCAAAAUGUUCACGUUCCACAUUCCGAUCAACAGGUAAGUAAGAUUUAUUAUCUCAGUCCGCGUAAAGUGCAUUUAUUUGGUAUUCAAGAUGAAGCAGUACGCGAACAAAUUAAUUAUGUUCUCGAUGAAGACGAAAUUAUCGGCAAAGGUCCUAAUGGUACGCUAAGCAUGUGUGAUGGUAGUUUUGGAUUGAUUAAGAAACUAUACCGCAAAACAACGGUAGAUUGCGUGGAUCAUAUUGUUGAGGUUGUGAAAAAAUCGAGUACAGCUGGAUUAAAUAAAGCUCAGUGUUAUGGCAAUGGAAAAGGUUUUCAGUACUUGGAUUUUAAUUUCGUGUUGGGGAUUUUCUUUAAGAAAUUGAAUGGGUUGCAAAAAUAUCAGCAUUUUCUUUUUGAAGCAACUAAUCCUGGAAUUGUCAAAGCUCAAAUGGUUGCUAAUGGUGCUUUUACUGAAUUUAAUUUAUUGAAAACCAGAAAAGCAAGUGUUUCUGAAAUUACCAAAGAAAUUAAAUCUUUCUUCAUUUUAAUACUAACACCACCUCCAUUAGAUUACAAACGUCAAGAGUGCCUCUACAAAAAUAUUCGUCCAUUUGUCAGAGAUGAAUUUAAAGAUAUCACUUGCCCAAAGCUAGUUUAUGCUAAGUUCAGUAAACUCUCUUUGGAUAAUUUUUAUAUGUCAAUAACUACUCUUUACGAAUUAAUUAAACAAAAAUCUCAAGAGUUAGGCAGAUUCUUAUAA